UGGGCUCCUAAGCUUAGCUAUUACAGACAAAUAAAUGAGAAGAUGGAAUAACUGAACAGCCAUAUUGGGGAAUUAUAGUGUCCUUUCUAGACCAAUAGGAGAACUAUUGAACUGUUGGGAAUGAGCCAAUGGGACCAUGAGCAAGACACAAAUCAUAGAGCAGAGGUUUUCUGGGUUCUCUUGUAAGAUUUUCCGCAAAGGGAGGUAGGAGGUUAAUUUGUGCGUACCAUCCCAGUUUUCAUCCUUCCUGCCUUUGAGAUCAGUACUUCCAGCUCAAGGUAGUUCCUCUUCUAGGCUCUGUCAAUCUUACACUUAUUCCGUUCUUUGUAUCCUUAUCCCCGCCCCCAAGUCCGCUCCUACCCAAUCUGGAAUCUCGACUCUGCCCCUGGGCUCCAGACCAAAUCCGUUUCGGAGCUGGGCGAAGCAUUUGUGGCACCACCAAUCGCUCGUCUUGGUCCCGCCCCUUUAGACCCUGCUCCUCUUACCACCAAUCUGCGCCUUUGUCCCGCCCCCUACCUGCCGAGUCCUCCAAUCCCGGCCUUGGGGAAGCGUUCCCUAGUAUCCCGCAGCGUUAGCGGGUCGCGCCGGAGGGGGGUGGAGGCGGAAGUGGCGGCGCCGGCCCCGGGAGUAGGAAGGAGCCGGGGCUGCACCCCGAGCAGAGCGGCUGCCAGCCGAGGAGCAGGCGCGGCCGUGUCGCCAUUUUGCGGCCCUAAGCGGCCGCCACCGAGUCAUGGCUGAGACCUACGACUUCCUCUUCAAAUUCCUGGUGAUUGGCAGUGCAGGAACAGGCAAAUCAUGUCUCCUUCAUCAGUUCAUUGAGAAUAAAUUCAAACAGGACUCCAACCACACAAUUGGCGUGGAGUUUGGAUCUCGGGUGGUCAACGUGGGUGGGAAGACCGUGAAGCUACAGAUUUGGGACACAGCUGGCCAGGAGCGGUUUCGGUCGGUGACACGGAGUUAUUACCGAGGGGCAGCCGGAGCCCUGCUGGUAUAUGACAUCACCAGCCGGGAGACUUACAACUCGCUGGCUGCCUGGCUGACGGAUGCGCGCACACUGGCCAGCCCCAACAUCGUGGUCAUUCUCUGUGGCAACAAGAAGGACCUGGAUCCGGAGCGUGAGGUCACUUUCCUGGAGGCCUCCCGCUUUGCCCAGGAGAACGAGCUAAUGUUCCUGGAAACAAGUGCUCUCACGGGUGAGAAUGUGGAGGAGGCAUUCCUGAAGUGUGCCCGCACCAUUCUGAACAAGAUUGACUCAGGUGAGCUGGACCCGGAGAGGAUGGGCUCCGGCAUUCAGUACGGUGAUGCCUCCCUUCGCCAGUUGCGGCAGCCUCGGAGUGCCCAGGCCGUGGCCCCUCAGCCCUGUGGCUGCUGAGACCUGCAGAGUCAGCUCACCUGCUCUCCAGGACCAGCCCUGUCCUUCCGUCUGGGGCCCAGACCCAGGCCCUGGGAGGCCGAGCCCCUCACCUGCCCUGGCCCCAGAGAAGCUGCCCUGCCACCGGCCUCCCUUCCCUGGCCUGGUGGGGCCUGGCUGAGGGGCAAGACUGAGCCAUGGGGGAAGGGGGAAUCUCUCCGAACCUGCUGCUGCUUCCUCUGUCUUGGCUAACCCCUGUUUCCCCUGAACCCCUAACUCCUCUUUGAACAUACUCAGAGAGUUCACAAAGCCUGAGACCAGGGCCAUUUGGCCUCAGCAUCCCUGGCCCUGCCAUUGCGAGUACGUGUUAUUUAUUACCUGGAGGCCUGUCCUGUCCCAACACCCCUCCCCCCCAUAAAGCAUUGUUUACACCUG